GCCGGACCCCCUGCUUUACCUUUCCUCGCUGCCGCGCCGGGAGAGCUCCUGGCUGACGCGCCCAGGCAGCCGAGAGCCGGUCCCAGGCAAGGAAGAGGCUCCUCCGUGGCCGGCUGUGGAGGGGCGUCAUGGAGCUGGAGCGAUUCAACCUGCAAGAUGCGCCAGGGAGCUGGCGGGAAGAGGAGCCGGAGGAGGAGGAGGAGGAGGAGGAGAGCAGCAGGUGCCAGUGGAUCGAGUGCAGCCGCGUCCAUAAUACCGUUUCCAAGUGGAUGCUUACCGGAGAGGCCAGAGCAACUUACCUGGAAAGAGCCAGCUGCAUCCCGCCGCCCGUUUUCAUCCUGGUUAUCAGCUUAGCAGAGCUGUCAGUGUUCAUUUAUUAUGCCGUUUGGAAGCCCCAGACUCAAUGGAUCACACUAGAAGUGGGAAUCUGGGAAAGUCCACUUAUUUACAGGCCUGAGAAACGAAAAGAAGCCUGGAGAUUUUUGUCUUACAUGUUUCUGCAUGCUGGUGUUGAACAUAUUAUAGGGAACCUUGUUCUCCAGCUCUGCCUGGGGAUUCCCCUGGAAUUAGUUCAUAAAGGACACAGAGUGGGAGCUGUAUAUCUUGCAGGAGUGAUUGGAGGUUCUUUGGCAAGUUCCAUCUGUGAUCCACUGCUGGGUCUCGUGGGAGCAUCAGGAGGUGUCUAUGCUCUGAUUGGAGGAUACUUCAUGAAUAUUCUAUUGAACUUCAGAGAAAUGAUUCCUCUCUUUGGGAUUGCAAGAUUGCUAUUCAUUGGCUUAAUAGUUGGAACAGAUGUAGGAUUUGCUUUAUACAGAAGAUUUCUCUCUCCUUCAACUGGGAUUCAGGUUUCCUUUGUGGCUCACAUUGCAGGCGGCCUUGCUGGAAUGUCAGUAGGGUAUGUCAUAUUCAGCAAUUUUGAUAAAAAUUUUGUUAAAGAUCCUAGAUUUUGGAUUUGUAUAAGUGCAUUUUUAAUCUUUGUGAUACUUGCUGUAUUGUUCAAUGUGUUUUUCUCACCAGCAAACCAGUAGAACACAAUAUUCAAUAACACUGUAUAAUUCUGAAGGAUAAUUUUAAAAAAAAAAUUGUUUUGUUUUCAUAUUUUCAUAGUAUCCUAUACUUUGUAUGACAAUAUAUUAUUAUAUGCUGCUUUUGUAUUGCUAAAUUGUUCAGACUUUCAGAGUCGUUAUGAUUUUAUGGACAGUCUUUUGCUAGAUUUUUUUUGUCAGUAAUGGAUUUUAGCUCCUGCUUGUAUCAUCAGUGUCAAUACCAGGUUUCUGUCACCUUCCUUUUUGACUUGAUUUUUCUAAGCAUUGAGGGGCUGCUCCAAUGACUCUUGCCUUUGAACUAUAUAUGGCAAAUUACUUGCAGUGCUAUGCCAUAGUUUCAUUUGCACAAAAACUUGCUCAAAACUGAGAAGCCGAUCAUGUGAAGAUGGCCUGCCUUGAGAAAGACGAAAGCUUGCUGGUGUCCAGAUGCUUUAGAGGAGACCUCCUCAGAUCAUCAGCUUGCAUUUCCUCCAGCAUCAUUUCAUGCCUCAUAAAUGGUAAUAGACUGAUUUGAGUGGAUAAAUAUAUUCAUUUUGAAAGGAGGUUAACACAUAUUUCAUCAAGGGAUGUUUCAGGCAGGGAUACGGAUCUGAAACAGCACGGACUGCACUUGUGGGGGAAAGAUGGGGGUAGUGUAUCCAUCCUUGCUCUCUGGUGCCUUUGAUCCUUACUAUCCAUGAUCAACUUCUGAACUUAUGUGAGUUGGGUGCAGAGUGUUCUGCCGAGUCUCUUCCCUUCUCUGGAAUUGGUUGCAACCAGUGUUGAUGGGAGGAUUGAAUGUGGAGGGUAGAUUUCCACCACUUCCAUGUUUUAUACCAAUUGUUCCCUUUCCUGGGUGAAGAGGUACUAUACAUGGCCGCUCAUGCUUUGACCACCUCUCAAAUGGAUAAAUGCAAUGCACUUUACAUGGAGCUGCCCUUGAAGAACCUCCACAGGUUUCACUUGAUCCAGAAUACAAAAGCAGAAGCAAUUAUGGGUAUGUUUCAUUAUGUCCAUAUUACACCUUUGCUUUGCAGUCUGCACUGGCUCCCAAUUUGCUUCCAGUUGCAUCUACAGGUGCUGGUUAUUACCUCUAAAGUCUUACAUAACACACAGCCAGAUACUUGAAGACGUCUUAUCCCUGUGUUUUUUUUAUCCCUGGUCAGGCAGAAGGGGCUCAAUUUUGGCCCUGUCAGUCAUGGAUUGUUAUAUGCAAUCUCCCAGAAAGCAAACUGUUCUACCUGUGUCUGCCUCCUGAAACCUCAUUGGUCCAGAGUUUGGCUGGUCCUUACUGUUACCUCCCAGAAGGUUCACAACCCGUUUUCCUAGGCGUGGGGACAAAGGUUGGUGAACAGUAUUUUCUGAAACCACUUUGUUAGUUGGUGUUAGUUGGUAUACACACACACA